AUGUUGAUUCCUCUAUUUUUACUUUUACGAUGCAGUAUGGUAUUAUAUGCGCUGGAAGGGAAAGAUCUAUCAACAGACGUUAUCGGUUAUCUAGGUAUCCCAUAUGUGAAGGCACCCAUCAAAGAUAGACGUUUCAGGGAAUCCGAGAUAGCUUCUUUUGAUGAGACAGGCACCUACACGGAGUGGCCGAAAGGAUGCCCAGGAUACCUGGAUGAAAACGGAAACGAAGACUGCUUGUACCUCAGCCUACUCGUUCACAAGAAGAAAAAUUCUGAAAAGCGGAACACACUGUUGAUCUUUACCAAUGAAGAAUUGGGCGAGAAGAAAUUGACUGGAUUAGUGUCAUCAUCACUGAACAUCGGUGUGGCAUCCAUCCGAAGUGGAUUGCUAGGUUUUUUGCUUUAUAGCUAA